UGACGCAAUUGCCACGCCGUCAUCUUUCAAUUCGAGCGUCUAAUCUUUUUUUCGAACGUAAUACCUUGUACUGAUAUGUACUUGACAGACUCGAUCCUUUUUAUUAUAGCCGAAUUCAAGUAUAUGUCAUUACAAAAUUCAAUUAUAUCCAAACAUUAUUUGAUAAAGCUGAAUAAUCGAUAAACAUGUAUCCUUUUAUUUAAUGGAACAAGAUCACAAAAUUUGAUUCAAUUAAGAAAAUACAUAAUGGGGAUAAUAGAAAAAACGAAUGAACAUACAAGUUAUUCCUGCGACAUAGGUGUUAUCACAGAACCAACCAUAGUUAUCAGUGACGUUACAGAAUUAUUAGAAGAACGCAUAAAAUUGCGGAAUAUCAUAAAUAACUGUUUAAAUAUGAUAGGAGCUAGAACUGUUCAACCUAUAAUUAACCCCAGCAUUGCUCUGUAUGUCAAAAGAAAUGAAAAAGUGGAGAAGAUUGAUAAGGAAAUGCAAUCACUAUUAACAAGAACUUCGAAUUGGGACAGAAGUAUUAUCAAACAUAGUCAUCAACAACAAAUGGAUAUCAUUGCUCAAAGAAACAAUUUCCUCUUUCGGAAUAAAAAUAAGAACAGUUUAAGAAAAGAUUUGGAUAUCAAUGAGAGUGUGAUGAUUAGCAGCAGUUCUGAUAUUGAAUUGCUAAACAAGGAAACACAUGCAAUUUUUCAAUACAAUAGAAGAGACUGUCAAGGACAGAAUAUAACUCAUAUAUUUCCAACUGCAAUAAUGAAUAUUGGUAGUAAAGCACCUCAAGUAAUUUAUGCCUCUCGAAGAAAACCAACAAAUCGCGAUAGGAAACGAAAACACGUUUCUCGUCAAACUAUAUUUGGUAUGCAUUGCAAAAAUGAUUCUAUUCGAAAAAACAUAUUUUAGUUACCACACUAAUAUCCAUUUUGUAUGAAUGCAGAGAAGAAAUGUAAUUGUGUAAGAUGAAGAUGAAUAAAAUAAUUCAAUACAUUCUGGAUAUAUUUCAUAGGAUAAAUAAUAAC